UCGCCAUAUUUGUUUUUUCAGUUGGUGACGUCACGCAGCCGAGCGCGUGCGGCUCCAUAAUCUUGAGCUCGCGCCCGGAGCAGCCAGCCGGGGGAGAAACUCUUCAGCCGAAACCAACAAAACCAACAAGGAGCCGCUUUGUUUCACACAACAGGGACUCUAACCGGUCCGACGGGCCCGGGACCCGGUCCACACGGAGCCGGAGAGCCUCACCGACCCCCCGGGAGCCGCUCCGGCCUGAAAGUUGUCCGUGUUCGGGUGAACUUGUCCCGGCUUGUUGUUGUUGUUGAUGUUAGCGACUAAAAAACAACAACAACAGGAGGAGGAGUAAUGCUGGAGCUGUCUCCGCUGUGACCAGCUCCAUUUUAUCUCCACACAAGAGACGGAAAGUGAAGAGAAAGAAGGAGAGAAAGAGGGAGAAAAAGGAGGAGAAAUGGCCGAAGCUCGGUCCGAGGAGGAGGAGGAGAACAUGAGGAGAGACUCCCGGGAACAAGUGGUCCGACGGCAGCCCAACGGCUCCGGAGGUCGUCCUGACAGACGUAAACCAGAGCAUCGUCACAGCCAGGGCCCUCUCUCCUCCAUCAGAGCCGCCAUCAAAAGAACCUCCACCAGGACAACGUCUCUGUCUGAGUCGUCCAGAGACAGAGAGCGAGACAGAGACAGAGACAGAGACAGAGACAGGAGGCGUCCAGAGAUCACCAUCCUGUCUGCGGAGCCGCUGGCCUCCACCUCCUGGUUCCCCGGAGCCUCUGGAGGGUUCCCUCCUCCACCUCCUCCUGCAGCGCAGAUCUGGGGACCCACAAUCCCUCCAUCCAUACAGCCGCCUCCGUCCUACGAGGAGGUGAUCAGAGAGAAGACGCAGGAGCAGUUUCUCCUUCCUCCGACUCCUCCGUCCUCCUGCUCCUCCUCCUCCUCCUCCUCCUCAGCCUCGUCACGUCCAGCCUCUACUAUAACCAUCGCCACCCAGACUGACCCAGGAUCAGCCCCGGAGCCCCCGGACCCUCAGGUGAGAAGACCAGUGAGACCAGCGCGGCCGCCUCACCCUCACCCUCCCAAGUCGUCUCACGUUGAUGACAUCACCAUCUCCAGCAGCCAAUCAACGCUGUCCAGCACUCACACCGCCGCCUCCACGCAGUGCUGCGACCUCCUCUCCGACCUUUGCUCACCUUUGACCUCGACCUCCGGAGCUCAAACCGACCAAUGGGAUCAGGGUCCUGCUGCUGCUGUUAACGUGGACCGCCCCAGGCCCCGCCCCCGCCCGCGCACCCGGCUCAGCGCGCCGCCGGCGACCUGCAGCGACGUCAAAGUCCAGACUCUGGUGAAGCUGCGUGAGGACGGCUCGGCCACGCUCGCCGCCGCCAACGCCAGCGCUAACGCUAACGCCGCUGUGAGUCAGGGCAAGUACCUGCAGGAGCUGCUAGAGGCCUUCAGCGCCGACGACUGGGGCUUCCCGGAGCGCCGCAGCGACAGCAGCGGGCACAGCCAAUCACAGAGCGAGGAGGAGGAGGAGGAGGAGGAGGACAUGGCGACCCUGAGAGCGAGGAUACAAGCGUUUGAGCAGCAGCAGCAGGUGGCGGCGGCUGAUUCCAGCUGUGGAGACGAGUUUGUCGCCACAAAAAGACCUGAACCCCGGCCGCGCCCGCGCCUCCAGGGCCAACCGGCCAAAUCCGUCCCACCCACCGUCGCCCCCAAACCCAAAAACUUUGCAUCCAAACCGUCCAGCAAGGUAUUCUGGGAGGACGGCGGCGGCGUCCCAGCAGCUUCAGAAACAACCGAAAAAGACUUGAACCCUGAACCUGAAACCCUGAAACCGGCUCCGGCUCCGGCUCCGGCUCCGGCUCCGGCUCCGGCUCCGGCUCCGGUUUCGGCGCCGCAGCCCUGCAGGAGCGCCGAAAAACCCUCCGUGUCCCCGAAACCACAGUCCGUUCCAGAGCCCGUCCCCUGCGCCCCCGUCCCGGCCCCGAGGCCCCCUCCGCCCAAACUCACCCCGUCCGCCAGCGACACCAGCCCCAAACCUCCACCCAGACCUCCGGUGGCCCCCAGGGCCGGCGUCGGGGCGCCACCCCAGGAGAAGAGCUCCGCGGCUGGGCAGCCCACCCCGAUGCUGCCCCCGAGGCCGUCCGUGGAGGUCGGCGCCGGAGCGCAGACGGAGACAGGAAGUGAGGAGACGCAGGACGCUGCAAACCAAACUGUGAAAAUAGGAAGUCUCCGUCCAGGCAUCCCGACCAAACCAGCAGGACUGACAUCACUGCGGCGAGCCAGCGCUCCCAAUCUGGCCCCUAAACCCUCCGGAGCCUCUCCAACACCUCCAGAACCAAACCCAGUCCCAACCAAACCUCCAGGACCAGCCCUGGCCCCGACCCCGGCCCUCAAACCACCAACCCCAACCCCGUCUCCAACUCCAACUCUGGUUCCAACCCAAACCCCGGCUCCGGCUCCGGCUCCGGCUCCGGCUCCGGCUCCGGCCCUGAGGAAAGGCUCCAUCACCCAAACCAAACCAGAAACCACCAAAACUACAAACCCAAACUCUUCAGACCCUCCUCUCCCUCCACGACCUUCUAGUGUGAAGCUCCUCCCCCUCCGUCCUCCUCCAAUCAAAUCCAUCCCAGGGCGACCACCGCCUCCAGCCGCCACCACAGCUUCCUCGGCCAAUCAGACGGCUCCUCUUCCCUCCAAAACUGGCCCCGCCCCCUCCCCGUCCGUUUCCCCAGCCGGUCAGUCUUCGCCUUCACAAACAGCCCCGCCCCCUUCUUCUGUGCCAGCCAAUCAGGUGCAGCCUCAAAGGGCACCAAAGAGAGGACCACCUCUGCCGCCACGGCCCAAACCUGGACACCCCCUCUAUAACAGCUACGCGAAACAGGAAGUUCUGAUCGUCCUGGAUGACCCGAGCCCCUCAGAGCACCUGUCAGGUGAGGGGCGGAGUCAGAGCGCCGUCAUCAGCCCGUCACAGUGUCUCCUGGACCUGGACGUCCAAUCAGAGCCUGCUCCAGAUCAGGACAGCCAAUCAAAGCUGGCCUUGGAGGGCCUCAGCCUCUCAGACUCCCAGUCCAUUCUGCCUGUUCAGCCCACUGAGCAGAAAGAACAGCCGGACCCUCCUCCUGUCAGCGGUCCUCGGUGUGUGGCCUUGUUUGACUACGAGGGCGAGGAGGACGACGAGCUCACCUUCUCCCAGGGUGAUGUCAUCGCCCUCCUGGAGCUCAUAGGUCAGGAGUGGGGGCGGGGCCAGAUCCACGGGCGAAUCGGAAUAUUCCCCCUGAACUUCGCCGAGGUGGUGGAGCCGCCGCCGCCCACACAGCCGGCUUCACCUCCAGAAAAAACACCAACAGAGACCACAGUGACAGAAAGUACAGCACCAAAGACCCCACAAGACCCAGAGUCAAAGGAGUGGGCUGAGGCUCUGUUUGACUUCCCUGGUCAGACUGCAGAGGAUCUGUCCUUCCACAAGGGGGCGCUGAUCCACGUGACGGAGCACAUUGACGCUGAGUGGAGGAGAGGCAGACUGGAGGGGAGGGAGGGGAUCUACCCAGCUGCCUUCACACAGCCCUGCCAGGCUCAGCCGGUCCCUGGCCAGCCGUCAGCGGCUAAAGCAGUGGCCAAGUUUGACUUCACAGCAGAGAGCGAGGACGAGCUCACGUUAAAGGUGGGUGACAUUGUAACACAGGUGGAGAGUGUGGAUGAGCAGUGGAUUCUGGGAGUUGUAGGCGGGAAGCGUGGGAUUGUCCCUAAAAACUACAUUUCACUUCUCUCAUGAGGAAAUCCUGAAAAAACACCAAUGGGGAAUAACUAGAAAAUAACUUUGUUUUUUUUCA